AUGGAGCCAACAAGACUGGCAAAGCUUGUUAACGAUAAUAGUAAAAAUGAUACGGUUGGUAGUGGUAAAGAUAGUAAUAAUAAGAGCAACAAGCGUGGUAGAAAACCAAAAAAUUCCAAUUUAGAAAAUAGUAAUAACAAUGAUAUCGAUAAUUCUGGUGGAAAAGAUGAUGCGAAUAAUGAUAAUAGUGUAAAUACUGGCGCAAAGUCUAAUAGAGGUAGAAAGAAAAAGGUAGCAACAGUUGAAAUUGAUAAAAAAGGAGCAGAAGAACAAGUAAAAUCACCUGAAACUACUACUGCAACAACAACCAAACCUGCUCGAGGAAGAAAGAAAAAAGUAGUUGACGAUACUCAAAGCUCCAAUGAAACCAAUAAAAAAAAUACUGAUGUAGAAAUUGAGAAAUCAUCUCCAACCACUACCGUUACUACUACUACCUCCUCAACCAGAGGAAGAAAGAAAAAAAUAGCUGAUGGAGAUGACAAAUCUGGUGAAUCUAAUACAAUGGAUGCGAAUAUUAACGAGCCAGGAACUGAAGUUAAUAAAGAAAUAAUCAAGAGUGCUAUUAACACCACUAAAACUAAGCCAACAAAGGGAAGAAAGAAGAAAGAAGUAACUUUUGAUAAUGAACCUGCAGAAAAUAAAAAUAUUUUUGACGUAGAAAUGGAUGUUGAACCAUCCGCAUCCGCUAAUACCACAACCACCAAAACCAAAUCAACAAGAGGAAGAAAGAAAAAAGCAGCUGAUGACGAGAGUGACAAGGCUAUUAAUAAUAACACUGAAUCCAAUACAGUUGCUGAUGCAGAAAUAAAAACACAAACUAAAUCUUCCAAAGUUACCAGCACUACUGCUAAAACUACCAAGGGAGAAGUAAAAACAAAAACCUUGACAAGUAUUGAUGAAGAAGAUGAAAUGAAAGGCGUAGAAAACGAAUUACAACAAGAAGAUCCUGUAUCUACUAGUAACAAAGGAAGGAAAAGAAAGGUAAAUGAGGUCGUUGAAGAAGAGAAACCCAAGAAAAGACACGCAAAAAAACAAGAAACUGCGUUUAGUACACCAAUUAGCACUUGA